GAUACGUUACGACUUGCACGUUUAUUUGUCGGUUGUGUUGAUGGAAAAAAAAGGGUUUAAUUGCACUGCGUGUAGUUUUAUUGUUGACAUAAAAUGGAUGACAUUGGAAGUUUAGAAGUCAGGUGGAUACGAGGCUUUACCAACAAGAGUAUCGAGUUUGUCGAUAAUGAAACAGUUUGUUACACAUGUGGGAUUAAUAUCUGUUUCCUCAACCUGGAGACAAAAAAGCUAAAUGUGCUCCAGAGUCCUGGAAGAGGAGUUGGUGCUUUGACAGCCAAUGGCAGCAAUGGGACCUUUGCUUUCUCAGAGGAAAAGCUCUCCCCGUCUAUAUUUGUGUACAUUUUCCCUGAGUUACAGUUGAAGAAUGAACUAAAAGGUGCAGCACAACUGGACUACACAUCUCUUACACUAAGUACUGGUGGUCCUUAUUUGGGCUGUUGUUCAUCUCUGCCAGAUCACACCAUAACAGUGUGGAACUGGGAAAACGCGGAGCCCAUCUGUACACAACCACAUGCUGGGCAGGAUGUCACUUCUUUGGUGUUCAACCCCCUGAAUUGGCUCCAGCUCUGUGCUUUGGGCAGUACGUCCCUCACUGUCUGGAGUAUUCAGAAGAGUGCCAGCUUUCAUGUCCUGAAACCAAGUGUGAUAGAGCUUCCAACAACUGAUGGCUUCUUUGUUGAGAGAUUGGUGCCCACCUCUCAUACUGUCAGCGACAAACUGCCCUAUUUCAGUCUUGAGAUGCCUCCAUCAGCUAUCUCAGGGCUCAAGGCAGAACGCAUUGUGACUAAACUCUGCACCAAAGCCAGACUAACUCCUUGUGCCAUCUGCUGGACACCCACAUCCAAGCUUUUUGUGGGCUGUGUGGAAGGCUUUCUGCUCCUUGUUGACCCAGAGAGCCUCUCUGUCUCAGUCAUCUUCAACCCCACAACUUCUGAUGCCAUCCGUGAACUCAGACAGAGCAACUUUCGAGGUUUAACCCUUGACCGGAAUGGUUUGAUUGCUGUAGGAAAGGAGGGUGUGGUGCACUGUCUGCAAAUCAAAGUGACUCAGAUCGACAUCACACAAACGUGGACAUUAGAAGAACCUGUCACAACUGUGAUGUACUCCCCUGACUAUGAAACAUUACUCUUUUCGUCUAAUACAGGUCAAGUCUAUGUCUUAAACUCAUCCCGGUCUGACGAGAUUGUGAAACUCCCGGAUGUUCUCAGCGGCAACUUUGUGGCAGCAGCUUUGUCACACACUGACAAAAACAUCUGUGUGUCGGUGACGGAUUCUGGAGCCCUGCAGCUGUGGUCUGCAGAUGGCGUUUGUCUUGGCUCCUUGUCUCUUCAGGCUGAGGUGACAAGUCUGGCCUGCUGUCCUAUUGCACAAUACGCAGCUGUUGGAACGGCGUCAGGAAAUGUCCUCUUUGUUGACCUGAACGGGCAGCAGCAACCUCGCCUGGUGCACCGGGUUCAUCUCUACCACACUCCUGUAGAUCAACUAGUUUUUGAUCAAGAGGGGCACUACCUUCUCACAGGUGCCUCAGAUUCAUAUAUCUAUGUACUAGACGCAAGGCCAUCAAAGACGUUUUCAGUCAUAGGAUACACAGUUGUUCCCGGACCCGUUUUGUCGCUUUCCACUCAGUGCAUCAGAGACAGUGAGCAGGUGAAAGUUGUUGUGUGCACAGGGCUGGAGCUCACGGUGCUCUCUUUGCAUACCAGGAAACGUUCAGGUCCAGACUGUGUAGACCGACAUGGUUGUCUGUCUACUCUCGUCCUCAAAGUGUCCAGAUAUGAAGUGCCUCAUCCUCUUGAAUCCUGUGUUCUGGGACUCAGUGAGGUCUUUGCUUACUGCCAAAAGAGGAACAGUCUUCAGCGAUUUGAGCUUCCCCAGGAUACAGACAGCCUCUCCAGUGAACAGGUGGUCCAGCUCAAACCAGAGCAGGAAGUGAGGGGUCACCCUCUGAGCCCUGCCUCUCUCAGUCUGUCUGCUCAUCAGUUAUGGCUGGCUUCCGUGGGCCGAGAUGGCCUCCUACUUAUCCGAGAAACGGCUUCCAUGGAGCGGCACAUUGAACUGCAAUGUCAUUCAUGCCGUCUGGGUGGAGUUCGGAGCGUGACCUUUUCUGCAGACAGCCAGACACUUCUCACUGCUGGCUUUAAAGAUGGCUCUCUUGUGUGCACUGAUCUCAGAAUUAAAGGCACGGAUGCUGGUAAGGUGAAUGAAGCGCAGAAGUACAGUCGGUCUAUGAAUCAUUUCUUGAAGACCAUAUUCAAUACUGAGAAUCCCGUCCUCAUUGAUUUGCCUGAGUGGGGCCAAGGGACAGUAGAACCAGAGGAAAGUGAGGCCGGCGGUGGAGCAGACACUGUGGAUGUGACGGAGCAGGAUGAGAGUUAUAACAGCCUGCUGUCUGCACCACCUUCACACCCCACCUGGCUGGAAAGCAGGCGAGAGGCGGUUAUAAAAGAAGACAAUGAGCAAUAUUCUGAGACAAAGAAAAACCUGAGGAAACCCAUCAAAGAGUUACGUGACGAUAUCCAGGAGAUGAUGCGCGAAAAUGAGAACCUCCCAGAUAUUGAACGUCUGGAACAACAAGAGUUCAACCUGGAUGUUGAGGAGCAGAGGAGGCUGGAGGCCACUGUGGAGCAGGAAGUUACUCGGGUGAGAAAUGAAAUCGAGUUGGAGAUUUCAGCAAAACGUUACAUCAGUGAUGUCCUAAGAAGAGAAUGCUGGGAUUCCAAGACGGUCAAAGGCAAAGCCACUAAGGCCUUUUACUCAAAACAACAGGUGAGGAACUAUCCUCUGAAAGAGCGAACCGACAAAGAGGUGGAGGACCUUCACAGGGUCCAGAACAUGAGGAAGAUUGAAAUGGCUGCUUGCACUCUGCAGCAGAGCGGGCUAAAGAAAAGUUCCAACACAACCCGUGUGAAGGAGGCAGAGCAGGGGGAGGAAGGCCACGACGCAGAGAGUGCUGCUGUAACGGGAAGUUGCUCCGCUCAGUUAGGAUGUUCAAAUCCUUAUGUUUACGAUCAGUUCUGCCUGCAAACCACAGAGCAGAGGAUCAACCAGAUAAUUCUGCUGCAGGAUGUGAUUUAUCGCGUCAAGACGGCUUUCAACGCUGACUUUGAGCAAAAAGUGCAGGAGCUGAACCGUGUGAAGGACAGGGACCGACAGAUCAGGGAGAUCAUGCUGGAGCUGGACGUGAGCGAGGAGCUGUGGGAGCCCGGCCUGACCACCACUGUGGACGACUCGGAGAUAAAAGCAGAAAAGUACCUCACGCAAGAACAGAAAGAGGAGGAGGAGAGGAAGAACUUGGAAGAGCAAAAAAGUUUGGCUGCCAAACGGGAUAAUGUCAGAGACAGGGCUCUCGAUGACAUGAUGGAUGGAGUGCGUGACCUGAAAAAAAAGGACAUCUUGAAAAUGGAAAUACCUCCGCCUGAGUUUGUUUUGAUCAAACCUGACAUUCAGUGGAGCGAGGAGGAGAAGAAAGUCUCCAAAGAGUACAAAAAGAAAACCAAAGACCUCAGUGAGGAGAAGGAGAAAUACAAAAAGUCAAUGGAGACUGAAAUGAAAAAACUACAGGAGUCCAAACGGGAUGCAACCGAAAGGUUUGAUGAAACUUUGACAAAACUGUUUGAGAAGAAAGAGAAAUGUGAAAUGGCUAUUUAUAAGGAAGAGCUCACGAUUACUUAUCUUGUGUAUUCAGUCCUCGUAGAAGACGAGAUGAGAAAUCGAGAGCUGGAGCUCAAGCUCAAACUUGAAAAAACGUUGGCAUACAAGGCGGAAAUUAGGGAGGAGGUCAAGAGACGUGAAGAAGAACUAGAGUUGUUUCACGAGUCCUAUGACAGCGCUGUAGCCGAGGACAAAGUUCUUGACAAAGAAUUCAGAAAGGAGUUCUCUGAUGUGCGAAGCCAUGCGAUUGAUCUCCUUUAUAAGUUAUUCAAGUGUAGACCCAGGGUUGAAAAGAUGAGCACCCAGGCCGACAACAGCUCCAGCCUGUUCAAAGAGCAGCGUCUGUGCGGUUCUCUGGCUCCCGGUGCACUCGGCAAAAUGCUGAAGGCCAUGGAUGAGCUGGACGCUCUGGAGAAUGCACCAGAAGGCAUGAAAAUACAAAUCUGGGAGAGGUUUUGUCUUGUCCGCAGAACAAAAGUAGAGAUUGAGCAAAAGGUAAAAGUUAAAGCUUUGACUCUUGCUGAGAUGCAGGCGUUCCUUCAGAAGAGGAGAGACGAGGACAGCGCCGCUCAACAGGAAAUUAAAAAUCUCUCUGACGGACUUGAAAGUCUGCACAGGGAGAAAAACCGUUUCCUGACGGACAUCAUGGUCCAGGUCCCGCUCAAACAGGGCCAGGUGAAGGUGUCCACCACAGACCUGACAGCUGACUACACCGACUCUGUACUGUUCAACAGCAGUGUGUUGGAGAAACUCAACACAACCAGCAGGACACUGGGAGAGCAGACGAUAGCCUCCAUGGUGAAGUGCAAUGACUGCCGUAAGGGCAUCAUCCAGCUGCAGUGGGAGCACAGGAUGGUGGGGAUGCAGAUAGAGGACACCAAGGCGAGGGGCAUCCAUAUGUUCCGACUCUCUGAGAAGCAACAGGAUGAUCUCAAAGAGACAGAUCGAGACAUACAUGUGUUCAAGCAAGUUUGCAUUCUGGAGAAAACUAUAGCUUUUCAGGAAAAGGCUGAUUUAAGAAGUGUGGGGCAGCGCGUCAAAAGCAUCGAACAGCUGGACAAGCAGGCAGCAGAGAAAGCUGAGAAGAACGCCACUGUGGAACAGCAGCUGCCUGAUAGGACUGUGACUGUGGCAGAGAGGACACACAUCUAUGACGCAUCAGCUUCACAGGAAAACCAGGCAGCUAAAACAGAGGAGCGCUACCAGGAAAUCCUUUACAGGAAGAACUUGGAGGACCUUGCCAGAGCGCAGGGGGAUGAAAUGGCUUUCCUCUGGGCCGAAGUCGAGCGUCUGAGGAUGAAGAACUUUCCUUCAAUGGAUCAGCUGAAAUACAACUGAGCAAGGCCUUCUCUUCAACAGAUAACACAAUCAAUUAAACGUAGCAUUACAUUUUAGCUGUGAAUCAGAGUGUAAUAGCAGCAACAAAUAAAACAGUUAAC